CGUGGGGUCGGGUGCUCUGAGUCCGUCCGGGUGUGUCCUGCUGGGCACCUGCAUUGAGGAUGGAGACCGGCGUCAGUCCAGGAAGGGUAGGACGGCCUCCAGCACGUGCUGUUGUCUCCGAGAGGCUGUGGGCUCGAGCUCCAGGACCAGACACGGGCCGGCAUCUGAGGGGGAGCAGCAGGAGAGGCUUGGGGAGGACCCUGUCCCACCUGGACUGGUGGAGGGAGGGAGCUGCAUGCACGGUGGGGGGCCUGGGGGAGACUGCCUCCAGAUCAAGGGCACGUCGUGUCCCUAUUCCUUCUUUCCAUGUGGUUUUCACUCCGUUGCUGUAUUCAUUCCAGCCUAACUCAGCUGUUAGGAAAGAACCAGGUGGUCUGGCUCUGGGGACACCAGGUCGGACUUGGGGGGGUGGGGGUCAGCCCCUCCCUGGGGGCAUGGACUUGGGGAGGGGAGUGCCAUCGCUGCUUCCCUCCGGCCCCUCCCGGCAGUGGGAUGGCACCAGGCUGGGUGGGGGGAUGAGGGGCACAGAGAGGGAGCACCUGCCCGUGAGGCCGCCAGGACAGAGGCCACCAGCACCGGUCAGCCAGGACAUGAGCGUCCACAGCAGGGCCCCUGGGUGGCUCCGAGGAGGGACCCAGGGAAGUUCUGCCCCCGUGGGAGGACAGAAAGGAGAACACCUCAGGGAACGUGGACCCAGAAGCCCCUCUUCCAGGACCCCUCUGACAGGUCACAGUGGCUUACAGGGGCCUUAGUCUGUGUCCACCUCUUCCUCCAGACAGACUAAGCGUCCCACCAUCCUGGCCUCGGUCCUGUGGCCUCUCCCGGACUCUGCCCUCGGGGACCUGGCACCACGUCAGCAGCUGCGCCAGCCCCUGGGCUGGGUGACUGGAGCCCUCCUGUGAAGUGUUUCGGAAGGGAUAGAAGUGCAUGUGGAAUCAGGGAGGCCCCUUUGCUUCGCUCUGAGUAUUUAUUCUGCUCAGGGAAAACACCUACUACGAUUUGUCUCCCACGGCCUUGGAUGUUUGGAGAUAGAAAAAAAUGUCUGCUGGUAUGAUACCAGAUGUUUUCUGUUAAGUUGUAUUACGGGCUGAGUUGUGUCCCGCAAAUCCUCAUGGCGAAGUCCUGGAGAUAGGAUCUUAAAGGUAAUUAAGAUUACAUGGAGUUGUUAGGAGCCCUAAUCCCAUAUGACUGGUGUCCUUUUUUUUUUUUUUUAAAGAUUUUAUUUAUUUAUUUAUUUAUUUGACAGAGCAAGACAGCACAAGCAGGGGGAUCAGCAAAGGCAGAGGGAGGGGCAGGCUCCCCACUGAGCAGGGAGCCCGAUGCGGGGCUCCAUCCCAGGACCCCGGGAUCAUUACCUGAGCCAAAGGCAGACACUUAACCAUCUGAGCCACCCAGGCGCCCCGGCUGGUGUCCCUCUAAGACCAGGACGCAGCCAACAGACACAGGAAAAGACGCUCCACAUCCCUCAUUAUCAGGAAAACACACGUCAGAACCAUGAUGACACCACCUCACACCAGUCAGAACGGCUAAAAUCAACAACUCAGGAAACAAACAGGUGUUGGCGAGGAUGUGGAGACAGGGGAACCCUCUUCCACUGUUGGUGGGAAUGCAAGCUGGAGCAGCCACUCUGGAAAACAGUAUGGAGGGUCCUCAAAAAGCUGAAAAUAGAGCUCCCCUACGACCCAGCAAUUGCACUACUGGGUAUUUACCCCAAAGGGUACCAAAUACUAAUUUACAGGGACACGUGCCCCCGCUGUCUACUGCAGCGUUAUCUCUAUGGAAGCAGCCCGAGUGCCCACCGACAGAGGAACCAUAAAGGAGACGUGAUGGCUACAGACAACGGACUAGUACUCAGCCGUCAGAAAGAUGGGAUUGCGUCACUUGCGAGAACACGCUUGGACCUCGAGCGAAUCGUGCCAAGUGAACGAAAUCAGACUGAUAAGGACAAGUGACCGUAUGAUUCCACCGAGACGUGCAGUCCAAACAAUGGCGACAGCCCAACGAAUAAACAAAAGGAAUCAGAGCCCUAAAUGCAGAGAACAAAGUGGGCGGGCGAAGGGCAGGGCUGCAGGGGAGCGGGAGGUCCAGCCUCCGGGUGAAACGGAGCCGCCAGGGAGGGCGCGGCCUGGUGACUGAGGCGGCUGCGCUGGGGGUGAGCCCAGCAUCGUAGAGUCGAGCUGAGACACCGUGGGGUCCUCCGGCAGCCGACGGACUGCUGUGUGUCAGCUACACUCAAAGGCAAGAGGAACAGAAGAAACAGAAGGUUGGGACAGGGACACGCAGAGGGACGACCGCGUGGGGACACGGGCAGGCACGCGCUGGCGGAGCCGCUCCGGGAGAGACCCGCCCUGGCGGCACCGCGUCUCGGCCCUUCCGGCUCCUGACUGUGAGGGACCCGCGUCGGAGCCGCGCGGGGCGCCUGGUUAGGGCCGCGCUGGCCGGCUGUGGCACAGCUCACACCUGCCCGUCCACCCCUGACACGGCACGGAGUCCCCUCCCCUUGGGCCUCCCUGCCACGAUGAGCGCCCCUGGCACCACCACUGCCGGUGCCUUUGCCUGAGUUUGGUCCGCGCUGACGUCGUCCCUAAAAGGAAAAGAAAGAUGCUGGAGUGUGAGGAAACCCUCCAAAGGCUUGAGGCCGACCCCACGCCGGAAGUCUGGGGGGAGGGCUGGCGAAGGCCUCCGAAGGAGGGCAACGGUGGGAAGGGCUGCGCUGGGCUGACUUCUGACCUCUGACUGUGCGGUGAUGUCACAGGGGCCACUUGGCAACAGGGGCCCCCGGCCAUACUGGGCUGCUCAUCGGACAGAGGUUGGAAGACAUGCUGUCCAUCUGAGGGCGCCCUUGGGAGCCCGCGUCCCUCUGCUUUUCCAAAGCCUGACAGAGGGGAGGAGGAUGGAGAAGGACACGGCCGCCCCCAGGAGGCACCGGCCGGGCCCCGGGGCCCCUCCCUCGGGGGUAGCCCUCGGACACCUCAGGGCAGCCAGCGAGAUGGCCGAGCUCCAGAGGAACAGGAGCGUGGGUGGCCUGCAUCAGAAGGGGGACCCUCCGAGCUGCAUCAAGAAGCCGUCCAAGGAGCUGGAGUCCGAGGACCAGGGAAAGGACCUACGAAGUGACGCUGAAGAUGUCAGCCGUCAGGCAGACCCAGAGGAAGAUAAGCAGGAAAAGAAUCAGGACGCCCUCGGAAAGUUGGACCCAGACAGUGGAAAGACAGAGCCAGAGGAGCAGGACCCAGAGUCCAUCAAGCUGGACGACCCUCCAGGAAAAGAGAAAUCACCUGUGUUUGUGGAGAUUGACCUGGGAGACCAUGCCAAGGAGGUGGUGACAGGUGCCAUAAGAGAAGAGAAGCGGUCCCAGAUGGACAUGGGAGAUUUGUCAGAAGACGAGACCCGCACCAGCUGGGUGUGCUGCAUCCCAUACUCCACCAGAAGGAAGGUGAAGGAGAGCGUGUAACAGCCUGGACAAGGACACCAAUGACCACCCAGGUGUGAACCGCUGACCCCCCGGCUAAGCAAUGAUGCCAUCUUUUAAAAAGACACAAUAAAGUGUGAGCGGAAGGUG